AGGUGUGUUCCCUCUUGACAGCCACAGUGAAGUUAUCAGAGGUUUUCAGUGCGGUGCCGCCACCAUGCCUCUCAUUUCUGCCUACUUCACACUCUCUCUAUAUAUUCUGUCCAAACUAGACACAACUGGAUGCUACACUUACCAAACCAAACCUCUUUUCCUUUCGUUCUCCGAGUUAGCCGCUCUCGAAAGGACCUCUUUGGAUCGGACAGAGAGGCCAGACUCCCACGUCGGGGAUCACACAGCGAAGACCUUUGUGGUGAAAUGCCACGGGGACAGCAUCAAGGUUGUGAUGAAAGCUUAUCUGUUUGACCCCGGUUGGCACGUGGAGGCCGAGGACUUGAGGCUCGGGCCUGCCGGUGCUGCAGAACAGCACUGCGCCGCCCGAGUGUCUGGAAACAGGGAGUUUAUCAUCAGAGCACGUCUGACUGACUGUGGGGGCAAAGUGACGUUCACCCAGAGCUCUGUGCUGUACAACAACCUGCUGCUGUACUCGCCUCGUCCAACAUCAGCUGGAGGCGUGCUGAGAGGAAAGGGAGCCGCUGUUCCAGUCCAGUGUGAAUAUGGAAGGAGGUACACAGUGAGCAGCGGGGCCCUGAAACCGACCUGGACUCCCCUGAUCUCCACCCUGUCAACGCACCUGGACCUGGACUUCGACCUCAGGCUCAUGACAGGUGACUGGAGCGGCGAGAGAAAGUCAUCUGUUUUCUCUCUGAGCGACUCGGUCAACAUCCAGGCCUCUGUAGGCCGCCAUCAUCAUCAUCAUCAUCAUCACCAUCCUCCUCCUCUCCGUCUGUUUGUAGACAGCUGUGUGGCCACUCUGACCCCCGAUGCGCGUUCUUACCCCAGCUACCCCUUCAUAGACCACCGGGGAUGUUUCGCAGACUCCCAGCUGCGCGGCUCCAGCUCGCGUUUCCUGCCCAGGGUCGAGGACCACCUCCUCCGCAUUCAGCUCCAGCCGUUCCUCUUCCACCGGGACCGCAGACGCACAAUCUAUAUAACAUGUCGCCUGGCAGCAGAGCCCAUUCCAAGCAAGGAUCCAGAGAAAAGGGCCUGCUCCUUCACGAGCGGGAGGUGGAGGUCAGUGGAUGGGGACGACCGCGUGUGUGAGAGCUGCAGCGGCAGUGCCAAGCCCAACCACAAGAGGGCGGCGAGGAGCGGAACCAAGCGCGGACCAGCUGAGCCGCACAGGGAGUCCAGCCUGGGUCUGAUAAUAUUCCUGAGGCCACAUCGCAAACACAAACAUCUGGAUUGAAGUAACUAAAUCUAAUAAAGCACCUGGAAAAGAAACUUGA